UUUCCGGUGUGCAGGCGGGGCUCAGAAAGCUUCAGACAGUCGAAGAUCUUCAGCUUUUUAUUCUUUUAGACGGAAUUAAAAACAUUUUCCUGCCGAGAAAAACACAGAAAAGAAGAAAAACCAAACCGGAAGUUGGAGGGAAAACAGUUUUUAUCGGCUUCCGGUGAAGGACUCGGGAGGAAACUAUUCGCUGCAGCUCUGAGCUGCAGGAUGUGAAGACGAUCAGGAACCAGUUUCACGUUUCUGUCAUUCUAACUGUACAGAAGACAUCUGUUGGUUCUUCAUGGUUGUGAAACGUUGAACUCACCUGGAUAGAAAGACUUCCUGUUCAUCCACAGACUCUGCAGACAAACAUGUCGCUGUUCUUCUCCAGAGCCGUUACAAGUUCCCCCAUAAAGCGGAGGUUGAGGAGCAGUCACUCCUGUCACAGAAUGGACGUUUCUCUCCUCUCUCCCGACUCUUCUUACGUCUGUUAUUCCUCGACGGACGGCGGUGAUCCCUGCAGCUGCCGUCGUUCACCACGACUCCUCACCAACGGAUACUACGACGUCACCGAGGACAGUUUCUCCUGGGACGACGACGGCAACGUGUCGUUGACACCCUGCAAAACCAGCAUUUCCUACAAGGAGAACCUGGUCAGGGUUUUCCGGCGCCGUCGGAGGCCUCGCAGCUCUCUGGUUCGUCUGCUGAGCGACGUGACUGAAAGCUGCCAGUCCUGGUUGGACGAGAAAGUCUUCAGAGGCGUCUUCAGGACCAACCAGAACCAGAACCAGGACCAGGACCAGGACCAGGACCAGAGGCAGGACCUGGACCUGAGCCAGGACCAGGACCAGGACCUGGACUGGACCAGGAGCAGCCUGGAGGGUCCGGCCUGGGGAGGACUGAACAGCACCGAGCUGGACGACGGCCGCAGCUUCACUUACGAUCCCACCGAAGUCCCGCCUCCUCUGGACAAAGAAGCCCCGCCCCUGAAGAUGCUCAUCCAGGAAGAGAUUUGCUCUGAGAUCUGUCAAUCAAAGGAGCGUUUCACCCAGUCGCUGGGCGGAUUGUCCGAAGUCCCGCCCCCCUCGCCGUUCUACGCCAACACCUGCUGCUGUCAGGCCUCACCUGAGCACACAGGUUUAACGAUGAAGGCUCUCCUCCUCCUCGUCUUCGUCAUCUUCAUCUUCGCUGCUCUGUUCUCCGGGUGUUUGUGGUGGAGUUUCACUUUAACAUCGACCGUCUUCAUGAUGAUUACAACAUGUAUGCUCGUGACGAAGUCGGGGCCGCUGGGCGAGUGGAGGAGGGCGAAGACGGAGGACAUAACAUCAAGAAACGAGUAAAGAAAAACCCAAGAGGAGACAGUUUGAAACUGAAGAGAAUCAGGAGAGAAGGUGUGACGGGACUCAGUAGAAAUAAGAUUUUAAGUAAUAUUAUUAUUUUACUUCCUGUUUGCAUGUUAAAGAGCUCCGGAGAACAUUUCGCAGCAGCAGCAGCAGAUUAAAAUCUGCUCUCUAAAAUCAUUUCUAACCUGUAAAGUCAGAUUGAAGAUGAAGCUGUGAAGAAUCAAGUCUGUUGGUGUUAAAAUGCUGAAGGGGCUCAGAGAGUUUCCGUAGUUUAGCAGAUAAAUAAUCAUAUCGAGUAUAAAAAUGUUUUCUGUCGUCAGCGGCUGUUUCUGGGCGUCCAAAGUGACCAAACGUCUGAAUUCAGGUUAAAAACACAAACAUGAAGCCUCACUUCUACCUAAACUAGAGAAACUGUGACUUUUUCGAAAAACCAAAUGCACAAAAAAUCACCUGGAGUUAAAAUAAAGUGCCAUUUUUUAUUCCUGAAGAAACCGAAUGAAGAGUUUUACUCCAAAAUAAAAUGAUUUUUUAUCUACUUAAAGCUGCACCGGCCCAGAUUUUAUCAAUUUCUGACAAAAAAUAAUGAUAAUUUCUGACUUUCUGGUAAAUAAUCUGCAUCAGUCUUCUUUGUUUUGAUUGAUUUUAAGUUAAUUUUAUUUAGUUAAAGUGAAAAUAAUUGAGUUCAGUGGUUAAUUUUUGGGAUUUUUAUUCCUGUAAUCUUUCAAAUUAAAGCCAUCGACUGAAAUUAAACCAACAGGGAAACAAAAACACACAUAAUAAAUGUAAUUUUUACCUGAUUUGUGUGUUUCAUUGAUAAAAAAUGUGUUUUCUGACAGAAAAUAAUGAUAAUUUCUCAUUUUCUGGUAAAUAAUCAUUAUUCUUGUUGUUUUGACUGAUCCUGAUUUUAAGUAAGUUUUAUUUAAAGUGAAGAUUUUUAUUCCUGUAAUCUUUUAAACAGACAAAAACACACAGACUAAACUUAAUUUUAUCAGAUUUCUUUGUCUAAUUUAUAAAAAAAAAUCACGUUUUCUGGUGCAUCUUCAACAAAAUAAUCUGUGUAUCUUUUUAAUUAAAUUAAAAACCGACAUUUUAAAUCAUUUUGUGGUGAAACUCUUCAGCUGUUAAGUGCCUUUUAUUGUAUCAACCAGCAGCUGAAUCGUAAUGAAAUAAUAAUUAAAAUAGUAAUAAUGCAGGGAAGUGUUGGUCAAUUAAAGCCUAAAAUGCUGCUGGAAUCUGGGGGUGUUUGAUUUAUGCCUCGUGCUGCAGCAGACGGGUGGAGUUACUAUAAAAAUCCACACACAAACAGAUCAUUUUAACAUAUUUAAAUUAAAUAAACUCCCUAAGUGAAGCAGGUUUGACCUUAAAUAUUUAAUAAACAGCAGCAGACUGAUCAGGAUUUAGUAUUUUUGAAGCUCUCAGGUGUUUUUCGGAGACAGAAUCCAGGUAAACUGUUAAAUCCACGUGAGUUUUUGCAGUAAACUCCACCCGGCUACAGGCAGGAAAAUCCCUCCCAGCUCCGGUUUUCAUAUUUCAGAGCUGCGGGAUUAAAUUUGUGUCAUAAUUUGAAUAUUACUGUUGAGAUUUUUUCUUAAUUAAUGUUGGUUUUUUAGUUUCAGUUCAAUUUUAGUGUUUGAGACGUGAACUAAAACUUAUCUAACAGAUUUAAUUCGUACACAUCUCUAUAAAUAGGAAAUGUUCCAAUUACAUUGUGUCACGUGCACAUUUGAGCUCGUGCACAAGGACAAAAAAUGUGUGAUAUCGUGGUGAUGGGACAGAGACUCAUGCUAAUUCUCUAAAUAUUACAGAUUAAUCCAUUAUCAGGGUGAUAUUCUGCAUUUUUUAAAUGUUAUUUACUGUUAUUUUUAUCAGUCAAUCACUCUGUGGUCUCAGCAUUGUCCCGCCUACAGCACAAUCUGAUUGGCUACAUGUCAUGACUGUCAGCCAAUCAGCAAUAAAAGCUAAUGUGAUAAAACAGAAACGGCUGCAGUAAAUUAGCGUAUUAGCUUUGACUUAGCAGACGGUAGCAGAACAUUACAUAAAACAAUCUGACAAUAACAUGCUUAAAAUAGUUCACUUGUUAAUGUCAGAGCAGCAGGAGCUUCUUUUGCUAACAGCUAGGCUAAUAAUGCUAUCACAAAGAGCUUAGCUGUGCCUCUUAGCCUGCAGCUAAUUCUAAACUAACAGUUUCGCCGUUAGACUGAAAACGCCAAAAUAGUUCCCUCCUUGGUGUAAGUACAGCUGGAAAUGAUUCUGCUAACAGUGCUAGGCUAGUGCUAUCCUCUUAGCCUGCAGCUGACGCUAAACUAACAUGCUUAGUUUCCCUGUUAGACUGUAAACGCCCAAAUAAUUCACUUUCUGGUGUCAGUGCAGCUGACACAUGAAAGUGACUGACUCUGCUAACAGCUAGGCUAAUAGUGCUAUCACAAAGAGCUUAGCUGUGCCUCUUAGCCUCCAGCUAAUGCUAAGCUAACACACUCAGUUUCCCUGUUAGACUGAAAACAUCAAAAUAGUUUCCUUCUUGGUGUAAAUGCAGCUGGGACUGAUUCUGCUAACAGUGCUAGGCUAAUGCUAUCCUCUUAGCCUGCAGCUAAUGCUAAACUAGCAUUAGCCUGCAUCUAAUGCUAAACUAGCACAUUCGUUUUCCCAGUUAGAGUGAAAACACCAGAAUAAUUGCCUUGUUAACAUCAGAGCAGCUGGAGCUAAAAAUGCUAGGCUAGGCUAAUGGUAUCACUGAGAGGUAAGCUCUGCCUUCUAGCAUGCAGCUAUGCUAUCUCCACAAGGUUAGCUAUGCCUCUUAGCCUGCGGCUAUUGUUAAUCUAACACUCUGUUUCCCCGUUAAACUGAAAACACCAGAAUAGUUCACCUGUUGGUGUCAGAGCAGGUGGGACUGAUUCUGCUAACAGUGCUAGGCUAAUGCUACCACUGAAAGGUUAGCAGUGCCUCUUACCCUGCAGCUAACGCUAUCUGCAGCAUGGUAACGUCUUUCUAAAGUCAGAUUAUCUUUAAUAAUCUCUUCUAACUAACGAGCAAAUACUGAACAAGAAGCACAAACAUCAAGAAGCACAGUUUUACAGUGGCUGAAGCUACGCUAACGAAUAGCAGCUAGCAGCUAAGCUAGGAGGCAGCAUCAGAUUAGCCUGGAACAGAGUCUGGAAAGCAAAAAAUGUUUUCAGAUCCGGAACUCAAAAGUGAUAAAACAGAGACAGAUGAACAGACGUAACUACAGGAGACAAACUGAUCAAUGCUAAUCAAUCAAUCAGGUAUAAUAUCAAUAAGUACAAAUCAUUAAUAUUGAUGAAGCAGCCUAGUUAUGAAUGUUACAUGUAAUAAUAACAAUAAUGUACAACAUUUAAUGCAUAUCUGUUCCAAAUAUUAGUUAUCGGUGUCUUUGAUGACUAUUAAUUAGUAUUGAUGUCAGCGCUGAAAAACCAGUAUUGAUCGAUCUGUGCUAACAAGCUAAAAAUCAACCAAUGAGGACGCAGUGCUUUAAGCCCCACCCACAUCAUAUUUUUUAAGUAAAAACUAAAACUGUGGAAAGUAGAAAAUACAUCCUGAUCAGUGAAAGAAGCAAGAAAAUCGGUAAUCAAAUGUAGCGUCUUGUACGAUUUAAUGAACUUUGAGCUCAUUUUUUUUGUCAGAUUUUGUUUGUUUAUUUUGACACCAAUUGAAUCCUGUACAGGUCUGGUCUUUAUUCACACAUUUAAAGCUCCGAUCUGUCAUUUAGGAAGCAAUAAGUGUAGGAAAAUGAAUCACAGCUGUUUUAAAGCUCAGAAAUUAUCCGGGAGAACGUUUGUGGAUUUGGAUCUGUAAAGUCACAAAGUUAUCUGAAGUACUUUAACUCCAGAGAAUAAAUCAGGAAGAGAAGAAUCAAGUACUGUCCAACUUUAUGAGGUUUUAACCGCAUAAAGUUUGUAAAAAUCGAAUCAUGUUUAGGCCUCAAACUAGCCUGAAGAACGAGGAGAUGAUCUGAGCUUCCUGCAGCGCAGAUCAACUCCGUAAAUGUUUGUUUUUGCGUCAUAAAGUCGACCGGAGGAGCCGAGAAAAGUUCAGCUCUUCAUGUUCCAGAUGGUCUGAAACCUACACAGGAUGCGUUCAGGCCACACAAGGAUCAUCGUAAUUCCCAGUUACUGGGAGUUUUUCCAUUGCAAAUGCAUCAGAUCUGCAGCAUGAAGAGUUAAAAUCAGGUCACACCAGCAAGAAGACUCUAGAUUAAACGUCUUAGGAAAGUUUAUUGGUGUCAACACUUAGCAAAAGUUAGAAAAACUAACAGGAAGUCGUCCUCCGCCCAUGGUUUCUGAGCACAUUUUGAAUUUAAGCAUUGAAAAACUGAAUAGAAACGCUGGAAAUUUGCAAUUUCUUGAUCCAUGUUAGCAUGUUAUCCAUUUAUCAUCUAUGUAAACGGGCUGCAUUGCAUUCUGGGAGCGCCUCCUGGUCUGCUCCAUGUUUGCGUAAAGUUGAGGUUUAGACAACUUUCUACCAAUCAGGGGCGUUCAGGGCGACUCACUGCCUCAAAAACUUCAAAUAAACACAGAUUUCACAGUUUUUCAGAAGCACAUUUACUGUUUUUGUAAUUAAAGGGUAAGUUUUGGAAAUAGCCUUCAGUUAGAAAUCUACAAAUUAACAGUUUAUGAGUGAAGCGUUCGUUUGAUCAGUGGCAGCUAAUGUUUGUUUUCUUUAUUGACUAAACGUACGUCCUUUAACGGUCCAAAGUUGAGAAGAGUUUAGACGAUUCAUGUCCAAAAGCGCCCUGAUAAACACGAACCAUGGCUGGUAACAUCUCGUAGUCUGCUCCAUGUUUGCGUGAAGUUGAGGUUUAGACGACUUUAUACCAAUCAGGGGCGUUCAGGGCAACUCCCUGCCUCAAGAAACUGUCAAUAAACUUCAAAUAAACACAGAUUUGCAGUUUUCAGAAACAGGAAAUUGACAGUUUACCGCUGAAGCAUUCGUCCAAUUAGUUGCAGCUAAUGUUUGUUUUAUUUGUUGACAAAACAUUCGUCCAUUAAGGGUCUGAUGUUGGGAAGAGUUUCAACGAUUAACAUCCAAAAACGCCACCGUAAACACGAACCAUCAGUGAAUAAAUCAUGUGAAGUUUGUGGCUAAACCAGAAAGCUAAGACUUAGCCGAAAAAUACUACUUAGAAUAUAAAUAAGAGAUAUGAUUCUUUAAGCUCUCCAUCCACAGACAGAUGGACGUCAGCGGCGAAAGGAAGAAAAAUGAAACUUUUAAGCUGCAUUCUAUCUACCAGCCAGCAGGGGGUGACUCGGGUCGUACAGAAGUCUGUGAGAGAAUUAGCUAACUUUUACAUGAUUUGUUGCUUCAGUUGCCAUUUUUUCUAAAGAAUUUAUGGUCUCAAUAGGUAGUUUCAAGUCUCUUUUAAUACAACGAUGUUUAUGUUGUAAAUUUUGGUCAGAUUAGAAGAAAAUAGACGAUAAAACUCAUCACGUCUGCUUUAAAACAAACUCAAGGCUUCAAAAUGGUUCACAAACUAAUGUUUUAUCUACAGGUUUUUGAACACCGACAACCAUUGAUCUCGAUAAAAGACUCGCAAAACACCAACAAACAUUCAUUCUCACUUUCUUUUUGCCGUUUUUUGGGAAAUUUUGUGGCAACUUGCACCACCUUUUGCGCAGAAACCCAACAGUUACGCUGCUGGUUGAGUCUCUAACAGCAGAAUGAGUUCACUGGGUUCAUUCGAAGACGUUUUUCUGUCAACCAGAAGUCAACAUGUAGCUUCGUCAUCGUUUACAUUCGACAGAUUUGUGGUAAUUUACUACCGAGGCGAUUCUAAACGUUGAAACACUGGUGUGACCGAACCUUUAAAUCUCCCUCUGUCAGUAUGAAUCAGGAGUUUCUGAAUAAUCUGAUGUUUUUAAUCAAAGUGCCAAAUUAUUCAGGAAAUGUUGAAUGAAAAUCAGAAUAUAUAUCUGAUAUUGUUAUUACUGCUCCGCUUGACUUUGUAUUUAAAGCUGCACUUAUUAAUAUUUGUAUAUUGACUGUGUGAGAUGUGUAGUUUGCAUUUCGCCUCUUUUAGCUCCUGGUUUUGGUUUUUACGGCAUUGGAGGAGACCAAAACUGAGCUAAAACCACACAAAUACUAUAGAAAGUUCUCAUUCUGCUGCCCCCUGGUGGCUAAAAAUCUAUUGAUGCAGCUUUAAAUGAUAAAACUUAACACGGAUUAAGUUUAUUUUAUAUUAAAAUCUUCUUGUAAAAGACAAUAAAAACACAUUUCAUUGAAUUUUCGUAAAUGUCACCGUUGGAUGUUUAGAUUCUGUGAUGCAGCUACUGAAUGUGGUUUUACUAACGUUGUACAUAGUUUAUUUUUAUUAUUUUUUUAACUCUGACUGCACUUAUUUCCAGAGCUGGAAAUGUGACACUCUGCUUGUGAUGCACUUAUUAUGUCUGUUUUACUGUAUUCCUGCUAAUGACGUCUGAAAUUAAACCUUAAACGAGACGCAAACGAACAAAUUAUGAAUUACAUAUUAUUAUAUCUGCUUCCAAACUGACACUUUGAAGGAUGAACUCGUCCUUUAUUUAGUGUAUUUCAGUAAAUAAAUAAUCUAAAUAAACAAUUUGUUGUUUAUCGACGAUAUUUAGGAUUAAUUUUGCUGCGUUUUAAGGUUUAAUUCUGACUGUAUUUUACAUUUUGUCGGUGAAAGUGUUUUCUUUUAUCCAAUUAAAUGUUUAUGAUCCAUUAAA